AUGGAGGAGCUAAUUGUAAAUCUAAAAACUCAUGAGAUCAAGAAGCAACAAGAGCUAGAGAAGAAAUAUUUUAAAUGGGAAAAAUCUGUGGAAUUAAAGGCUUCAAAGCAUGACUUAACUGGAGAAGAGAUUGAUGUUGCCUAUUUGGCAAGUAGAUUUAUCAAAGCAAUGAAAAGGAGUGGUCAUUUUCAAAGAAUUAGAAGCGGCAGUAACAAGGCAAACAAUAUUGAGGUAUGUCAUAAAUGUGGAAGUCCUGAGCAUUUUAUCAAGGACUGUCCAAUGCACAAGAUGGAUCAUCAAGAUUACCAUAAGGCUGAGGGUGACAAAGGAAAGAUCAGGGACUAG